AGAUAAUACUAAAUCCAUUGCUUGGACUCAAAUAUUGCCGGAGUGCCCGAUUUUACGAACGGGCCCGCCCUUCUGUGUUCUGAAAAAUUUGGGUUUUUGGAUUAUUUGUUGAGUACACGUGACAUAUCUGCUCUGAUAGUGAUAGUACGGUUUAGUAUUGCCAAUUUAAGUUCAAAUCAUGGCUGCAGUUAAUGUUUAUUCCACAAAUGUGACUACAGAUAAUCUUAGCCGACAUGACAUGUUGUCUUGGGUUAAUGACUGCUUGGCAUCAAACUUCACCAAAAUUGAAGAACUAUGUACUGGUGCUGCAUACUGUCAAUUUAUGGAUAUGCUUUUCCCAGGUAGUGUCGUCAUAAAGAGGAUCAAGUUCAGAACUAAUCUGGAACAUGAAUAUAUUCAGAACUUUAAAACCCUUCAAGCAGCAUUCAAGAAAAUGAGUGUUGAUAAGGUAAUUCCUGUAGAUAAAUUGAUUAAAGGCCGAUUUCAGGACAAUUUUGAAUUCCUUCAGUGGUUCAAGAAGUUUUUUGAUGCUAAUUAUGAUGGUAGAGAUUAUGAUGGCUAUGAAGCUCGUGGAUGCCAACCACUGGGCAGUGGAAGCAGAAAUGGUAGUCUUCAUCAGCUUCCAGUGGUGGUUUCUGCUCCAAAUCGGCCUGCAGCAAAGCCCCAUCCCCCAUCACGCCCUGCUGUCAUGAGGCAGCCUGUGCCAAAAAUGAAUCCCCCUUCUCGUGCACUCCCAAACAGAAAUCAAGGAGUUGUCAUUCAGAAAGGAGAUGCUGGCAGAGUUGAGGAACUUAACACACAGUUACUGGAUCUGAAGCUUACUGUGGAUGGGCUUGAGAAGGAGAGAGAUUUUUACUUUGGAAAACUGAGAGAUAUAGAAGUUAUGUGUCAAGAGAAUGACAAUGAGCAGAACCCAAUUAUCCAAAAGAUUCUGGACAUCUUGUAUGCUACUGAAGAUGGAUUUGCACCUCCUGAAGAAGUUGAUGGUGAUGUUCCACCACUACCAAAUGAGGAGGAAGAAUACUGAUCAGUUUAGGAUUCAGUGUGUACAUGUAAAAAUGUGAUGGCAGUGAAAAGUUUGGAGUGAACUCAUACAUUGGUUAUACACUUACAUCUGUAUUGCUAACUCACCCUAUAAGUGCAGUAGGUUUGAGCUCACUACCAGCUUAAAGAAACAUACUAUAAUUCCUGUUCAUUUUUAGCAUGACUCUGAAAUAACAUGCACAUGAAUGGCUUUGUUACAAAAGUGAUAUUGCAGUCUUAACAGAACAUAUCACUUUACAAAGAGCAUAAAUAUGUAGGCUUUGUAUGUUGUUUGCCAUCCACUUGUACUUUUAAAGGCAGAAUUGGUGCCAAGUAAUAGGACUGGAUUGUAUAGCUUGUGAGGUCUGCUGUUUUUGUUAUAAAUAUUGAAACGAUACUCGCAUUUAAAUUGUUUUGACACUUCUGGUAGUAAGUGUACUUCUUGCAUUGCAUGUUGAAUCUCAAUAGGUCUAUGGUAGGGAGUGCAAAUAUAUAUUUUUUUGUGAGAAACUUCUUGGGCAACAUUAAAGUUUAUGUUAUAAUUGUUUCAGUAAGUGUUGCAAUUCCUAAGUUAUUAGUCAUUUCAUAUUCAGUAAGAGUAAAUUCCUCAUCGUAAAUAAGCGUAUUGUGCAGAGUCAUGGACUUGGCUGGCUCUUGUGAACAUUGUAAUAAACCUUCAGUUUUCAUAAAAGGAAUGACUCUUCCCUGUGGAGUUGGGUAGUUUUAAGUGAAGUACAUUUUUCAUCAGACUUCUUACAUUGUAGUUUUUCUUGAGCUGAAACUGUUUUAACUUUUGUGAAACUGUAAGUCUUGUUCUUUUAUCACAUGUGAUGGUUUGCUACGAAAUUUUUGAAAAAGCCAUCAUAAAUAAUUGUUUAAGUGAAUAAAAUGUAACAUAUUAAAAGUUGUUUGCCUCAUGUGUGA